AUCAAGAAUCAAUCAAGAGGAGUAGUAAUUAUUUAUCAUCAUCUCUUUUUCCAUGAAUGAAGUGAAAUAGAUUCUCAGCUACAACAAACAAACUCUUCUUCUGCGUUGGCACGAUUCUUCCAAAACCUUUUCCCACACUCUUUUUUCUGUUUCUUACUCUGUUAAAGAGAAAGAGGGACAGACCCUUUGAGCUUUUGAUUUUGAUCAUAAAAAGGGGUAUCUUUUUAUUCUAAUUUCACGUGUGCCCCAAUCUCUCUUAAACCCCAUCAUCAAAAUUCAAUCUUUCUUCCACGCCCUACUCAAUUUUCUUGGUAAUUCUUUUCUUCUUGAUCACUGUGGUUUUUUGGCGGCUUGUGAAAUUUGUGUGCUGUGUGAAUUAUUAGUUUUGAUGGUGAUAAGAGGUCUAAAUUUCAUGGUUUUUUUUGGGUGUCUUUUUUGGACUAAGCUGUUUUUGCAGUGAAACAGAGGAAUAUAUGGUUGAACUUGAAACAAAAAAACAUUUGAGCAAAUGCGUCGAUCCAAAUCUAUACUGAUAUUGGGUGAAAAUGCAGCUUACUGUAUUCAUUUCAUCAUCAAAAUCAUAUCUUUGUUUCUCCAAGUCUUGGAAGAGGAAUUGAAUGGAUGUUGCUAGAUUAAUUGAUUUUUAAGCAGACAGCUAUGCAAUAAAUUGGCAAUUUCUUGCAGAUGUUGGGGUCAUAAUGCAGCUAUAUCAUCAUCCAUUAUCCUUGGACAGCCAAAAAGUGAGGCUUGUGUUGGAGGAGAAGAACAUCGAUUACACAUCAUUCCAUGUCAAUCCUAUCACGGGCAAGAAUUUCGAUUCUAGCUUCUUCAGGAAGAACCCCAAUGCGAAACUCCCUGUUUUCCAGAAUGGUUCCCAUAUCUUGUUCGACACGAUUGAAAUCAUCCAGUACAUAGAAAGAAUUGCUAUGGUCUCUUGUGGUGGAGAAGAAUCCAGUCUGAGCAGUGGGGAUGUUGUGGAAUGGAUAUACAAGAUACAGCAAUGGAAUCCGAAGCUAUUCACCCUCUCCCACGUCCCACCUAAGUAUCAUCUCACGGUUUCUAAAUUCCUAAGGCGUGUGAUCAUCGCAAGGAUGGCCGAGUGCCCUGACCUUGCAAGUGCAUACCAUCGUAAGCUGAAAGAGGCAUAUGAUACGGAGGACAAACUCAAAGACCCGGAAACCCUAAGACGGAGCGAAGAACAUCUCGAGAGAAUUCUUGAUGAAGCUGAUGAGAAACUAAGUGAUACGACGUAUUUGCUGGGUGAGGAAUUCACUCUUGCAGAUGUUGUAUUCAUCCCUGUUCUGAGUCGACUGGUGCUACUGAAUCUGGAAGAUAAAUACAUCGCUACGAGACCAAACCUCGCCGAGUACUGGAAUCUUGUGAAGAAGAGGCCCAGUUACAGAAAGGUGAUUGGGAAAAACUUUGAUGGAUGGAGAAGGCACUAUACACUGUUUAAAACCUGGUGCUUUGUGAGGAUCAGAAGUUUACUUAAACAUUAUUAGAGAAUUGCAUCGAUUUUUUGCUAUAACUGCAAAUAUGAUUUAGGUGGAUCUCUUGUUGCACUACUAAAAGAAAAAGAGACUUUUAUUUACAUCAAUUGUUUGAAGACUAGUCACCAAUGUGCUAUUUGGAACAUAUGUAUUCUUUUAUGAACAGUGUUGCAAUUGUGAAUGUUGUAUGCUA